AUGUGCCAGAGCAGGGUAACCAACCCGCCACCAGCACCCAGACAGAGCCCCUACUGUGGCUGUGCGUUCGAGAGUGGGUACGGGCUAUUUUUGGCGGUAUGGUGCCGGUGGCUGGUCUUUGGAGGUUUUGGUGGAAUUGUUGUUUCCACCUCAUCCAAAGCUUACAAUUUGUCGACAAGCUCGGGAGCCCCAUCAACGCAGAUUCGAAAACUAGUUCCGGAGUCACUUGUUGCAUAUUCCAUGUUUGAAGAUCACUGGUACCAUUCCUCUUCGCAGCCGGAAUUCUCUAGUCUGCGCCGACAAGAGUCGGUGAAAAGACAAUCUCCCGUGAGGUCCUCUUUGAUACCUCUACUUAAGAAUUCCGCCAAGUUGAAUUGGCAGCAAUGCAAUGAGGCGUUUGGGUGACUGAAAUACUGACGCGUGCUAUCAUACAGCAACGAAACUCUCGGAAGGUUGCGGAGGAGAGAAAGACACCUCCGGGACCCCCGGAAGCUGAUACUCCUAGACGACCGAAGUCCUACACCAAUCUGAGAUGUUUGGGAUGGCAAGUGGAUACCUCGCUUGUGCCCGGAGGUAACCAAGAAGUUUCGAACGACAUUGCUGAGGAGCUGCCACCAAGACCAAAGUCACGAAACGAUCUAGAUGACCUGAAGGCCGAGCGGUAUGGGCGAGGGAAAGGGUUGAAGGCCUGUGGGAGGGGUAGAAGAGCUGCCAAAAAAACAAAGGAACUUAAAGAUGAACUGGACUUUGCGGACUGGUAUGGGGAGUUCGAGGGUGACCUCGAGGAUGCGAAUAGCGAGCAUAAGUAA